UACGGGGGGCUAGGGCUUCAAUAUAUGAAUUUUUGGAGACCACUGUUCAGCCCAGGAACCCCCUCUUGCCACCCAGUACUGGGGAUGCUGGGGAAGAGCAAAGAAGAGGCCAGGGGUGCGGAGGACACUGGCUUACUCAGACCGCAGAUGCUGGGCCUUCUGUGCACCGGCCUCAGGGAGCUAAGGGGCUUUCCAGAACCCUGGGCCUGUGGGACAGCUGCCUCCGCCACACAGGUGCACUCCACAUCAUGGAAUUGCUGGUCAUUUGGACCUGAGCCUGGGGCAUGUGGAGGGAGGGUGGCCGUCAGCACACCAGGCACCUUGCUCAAAGCUGCACCCUACCUCACUGGUCUACCCAAUCCUCAGGCCCGUGUGAGGUCCAAGCCUCUUGGGGCCCAGAACCCGUCAAGUCCUUUGUCUUUUUGCCCCAGGCUGGGGGCUGGUUUUUAGAGCACUGCCAGGUCUCACUGACAGGACACAGAACUUGGGACCACCCAGGUUGGUCCUGGGCCCACGGGAACUCCCCCCGAGGCAUGUGCCUUCGCUCCUGUCUGCAAAGACGCCACCUCCUUCCAGAAGGGACUCCGGGUGCACUACUCAGGGCAUUGACUUGAAGUUGACCCGUGUGAAGCUUCAAAGCUUUGUGGGGCAAAGGGCCCCCCGGGGAGAGGGCUUCCGCUGAGGGAUGCUUCCUCACCUGCCCCCUCUCCCUCAGCGCCAGGGCUGUCCCCAUGUGCCCUGUUUUCAUGGCACAUCGGGACCAUUUUCCCUCGUUCUGAAAAAGGAAACACAAACUCUACACAGCCAAUUCUCCACCACUAAGGAGACUGUGUGGCUGUGACCAGUGAGUACAGUGACUCGUUACAGCCAAAGGAGAGUGGCAACCCCCAGCUCCUCCCAGCCCACAGAGCUGCCCCACACACAGGCAGACACUCCCACCACCUUCCCUGGCCCAGGCUUCAAUGCAGGAGCCCUCUCCUCCCCCCACCGCCCCGCCAAGCUUGUGGUUGCGGUGCCUUAUCCCUCCAUGAUGGAAAUGGACGGUCGGGUUAAAGGGAUACACGUGUGGACCCUGCCUCUGUGCACUCAGCCUCCUCUGAGUGCCCCUGCGUGCCAGGCGGUGCACAGAGGUGGGGAACACUCAGCUGUGGCCCAGAGCACCUCCUCCCAUCGAGGAACGGAAAGACGGUGGCUCCCGCAGGGCCGUGGGGACAAGGGCAGAGGCCUCUGGCACACAGGAGGGAGGGAAGGAAGAGAGCACUCAGGACCUCCUCCUGAUGGCAAACCAUCUGAGUUAAAUGAAAUGUCCUGCUUGUCCCUGCUCGGGCACGUGUGGUUUGCAGUGGACCCUCACCCACCACUGUGGCCGGGUUAGAGGCCGGCUACCUGCAAAAUGCAUUUUUGCAGCCCCCACAAAGGUGGGCAGGCCGGCCCUCAUUGAAUGCGGGGUUAAUUUAACUCAGCCUCUGUGUGAGUGGAUGAUUCAGGUUGCCAGAGACAGAGCCCUUAGCUUGGCAUGGGAGGUGGCUCCCCUGUCAGCCCUGAGUUCAUCUGAGGUUGGCUUGGAAGGUAUGGGCACCAUUUAGCCCAGUUCUUAAAGCUCUUAAGAGAGCAGCAGGAAUGGGCUGAACGGAGACAAUAACUGCAUCAAAGGCCCCUUUCAGGGCCAGACCUGCCCCUCACACCCUGUGCUGCUCUGCCCCCGCCCGCCCAUGAGGGGUGAGAGUCAGGCGACCUCGUGCCAAGUGUAGAAAGGAGCAGACGAGGUCCAGGCUACGACAUCACCACGCGGGGCGGA